CAGCGAGACGCGGCGUCCCGUGUGCUCGUCAGAAACAAGCGGCGGCCCCGUUUGCAUCCGCAUCGUGGCUAUAAGAAUUAAGAAAGCAGGGGCCGUCCACCCGUACAGCGAACCCCCACCCCUCUCGCCCUCCUCUCGAUUCGAUCUCGGCUUCCUCUCCAAGCCACGCGAGACCAGAGCUCCGGCCAUGGCCGCCACGAUCCAGUCCGUCAAGGCCCGCCAGAUCUUCGACAGCCGCGCCAACCCCACCGUCGAGGUUGAUGUGUGCUGCUCAGAUGGAACCUUCGCCAGGGCCGCUGUUCCCAGCGGUGCAUCAACUGGUGUCUAUGAAGCUUUGGAGCUGAGGGACGGUGGAUCUGACUACUUGGGCAAGGGUGUUUCCAAGGCUGUUAACAAUGUGAACUCCAUUAUUGCACCUGCUUUGGUCGGCAAGGACCCUACCGCUCAAACUGAGCUCGACAACUUUAUGGUUCAGCAGCUUGAUGGAACCAAGAAUGAGUGGGGUUGGUGCAAGCAAAAGCUUGGUGCUAAUGCAAUCCUGGCUGUGUCACUAGCUGUUUGCAAAGCUGGAGCCAGCGUCAAGAAGAUUCCACUGUACCAGCACAUUGCCAACCUUGCUGGCAACAAGCAAUUGGUUUUGCCUGUUCCUGCAUUCAAUGUCAUCAAUGGUGGAUCCCAUGCUGGAAACAAGCUUGCCAUGCAGGAGUUCAUGAUCCUUCCUACUGGAGCUGCCUCAUUCAAGGAGGCAAUGAAGAUGGGUGUUGAGGUGUACCACAACUUGAAGUCUGUUAUCAAGAAGAAGUAUGGCCAGGAUGCCACCAAUGUUGGAGAUGAAGGUGGUUUUGCUCCUAACAUUCAGGAGAACAAGGAGGGCCUUGAGCUCUUGAAGACCGCAAUUGAGAAGGCUGGAUACACCGGCAAGGUUGUCAUUGGAAUGGAUGUUGCUGCUUCAGAGUUCUACAAUGACAAGGACAAAACCUAUGACCUCAACUUCAAGGAAGAGAACAACGAUGGUUCCCAGAAGAUAUCUGGAGAUAGCCUGAAGAACGUAUACAAGUCAUUCGUGAGCGAGUACCCCAUUGUGUCGAUUGAGGACCCAUUUGACCAGGAUGACUGGGUGCACUAUGCUAAGAUGACUGAGGAAUGUGGAGUGGAAGUUCAGAUUGUUGGUGAUGACCUUCUAGUCACCAACCCAACUAGAGUUGCAAAGGCAAUCCAGGAGAAGUCAUGCAAUGCUCUUCUGCUGAAGGUUAACCAAAUUGGAUCCGUCACUGAGAGUAUCGAGGCUGUGAAGAUGUCAAAACAUGCUGGCUGGGGUGUCAUGACCAGCCACAGGAGUGGUGAGACCGAGGACACAUUCAUUGCUGAUUUGGCUGUUGGUUUGUCCACGGUAUUAUUCUAUAAUCUGCAUAGAACUUGCAACGCUCGCUACCUUCUCCUUUGGAUCGAUGGCCGACUGACUGACCAAUGUUUCUUCAUGUGCAACAGGGUCAGAUUAAGACCGGGGCUCCCUGUCGCUCGGAGCGUCUUGCCAAGUACAACCAGCUUCUGAGGAUCGAGGAGGAGCUGGGCGAUGCCGCUGUGUACGCCGGCCUCAAGUUCCGCGCACCGGUGGAGCCCUACUAAACGGGGAUCUGCAUGAGUUUUUGUGAAGAAAAUGGGUGUGUUUUAACCUCCGGAAUGAACUCUGGUUGAAGCUCUUAGGAUUGAGCAAUAAUGAAUGCCGCGCAUGUUUUAUGUGAACGGAACGGAUAUGUACCCUCAAACUUGCUCCAAUUUUGGUCCUUGUGGAUAUGUACCUGAUUCGGCCUGAACCUUUUGGAAGUGUAAUACUAGUUUUUGGCGCAUCAUCUUCGCCUUUCUUGCGUUA